CUAUAUUUGGUAUUUUAUUUUAGGCACUGCUGUCAGUGUCCAUUCUACGUGCAAAAAGUGCAGCAUCUCCUGGGAGUGGGCGAGCCAACCUUUCUCUUGUAUGAUGCCUUGGGGGAACCUUAUUGUUGCUGCUGCCAUAUUAUUCAGCGGAUGCAGUCCUGUUAAGGCUCUCAACUUCCUGAAUUUCGCAGGCAUCAGGAGUUUCAGUUACAGGACAUAUAAUGCUCUACAACAGCUCUAUCUUGUUCCAGCAAUUGAGCAGGUAUUGUAUUACAUGUAUAAUAGUAUGCUAUAGUAUUUUAUAAUUCUACCAUCAUUUCUCUAAUCUGGUUGGUUUAACUAAUUGAAGUUAUUGAUCAAUAGGUUUGGCAGCAGAAGCAGCAAAGUAUGUUUGAGGAAAUAAAAAGCAAAGACCACGCUGUAAAAUUAGGUGGGGAUGCCCGGUGCUGCUCUCCUGGACACACUGCAAAAUUCGGCUCAUACUCAGUCAUGGACCUGAGCACGUCAAAAGUUUUGGAUAUUCAACUUGUCCAGAGCAAUGAAGUGCCAAACUCGUACCAUAUGGAGCUUGAAGGGCUAAAAAGGUGUUUGAGAAAGCUUCACCAGGAGGAAAUACCAAUAUCGCACCUUGUAACAGACAGGCACAGUCAAGUUAAAGCCUACAUGAAGCGUGACCAACCACAGAUUGUACACAUGUUUGAUGUUUGGCAUGUUGCUAAAGGAGUCUACAAAAAGCUGGAAGCUCUUUCAAAAAAGAAAAACUGUGAACUAGUUGGGGCAUGGGCCCACUCUAUUAGCAAUCACAUUUAUUGGUGUGCAGCUUCGAGUGAUGGGAAUGGAGAGCUGAUUCUGGAGAAAUGGAUCUCCAUUUUAAACCAUGUAACAGAUGUACAUGAAGGGCAUGGAGAACUAUACCCGAGAUGCCUUCAUGGACCAGUUGAUGACAGACAAUGGAUUAGGAGAGGAUCAAAGGCAUUCUUAGAACUGGAGACAGUUGUUAGGGGAAGGAUGCUGCUGACAGAUAUUAAGAUAUACCUAGCAGCUCUGCAUUUCAAUGAAAAUGUAAGCAGACCACAAAGCAGAACAAGGGAGGGGGAGAAGCAGUACAGUGUUUCCUAUCCAAAAGGUCGCCAUGGAGAGGGUGUUGCAAAGGAAGUUAAAGUUGAUCAAACUUUCAAUUACAUCUCUGACCUGAUGGAUGCUGUUGUGGAUCUGCGCACUGUCAAUGACAGCUAUACAAAAGCAAGGGAGGCUAUGAACUUGCCUAGGAGAUUGCCUGAACCACUAUCACAGAGCACACCCAAGCCACCAAAACAUGUGACAAUUCAGAAACAUGUCACUCGUUUCAAUGAUAAUUGAUACUAAAGGUGUUUUAAAAAAACUGUUCAUUCUGAAAUCUGUCCAGAUUUGGUAAAACACUUCUGAUGUGUGUUUUCAUCGAUAUAAACUGAGCUAAUAAAUGAUAUAUGUAUAGUUUAAUAUGCA